AUGUUCACCCCUAUACUUUGCGAGCUGGCGCCCGCAACAAUGUCGUAUAGAAAUCAGCGAGAGAGUAAAAUGAGGAUAGGUUUCAUACAUCCUGACUUGGGUCUUGGAGGAGCGGAAAGGUUCGUAGUGGACGCUGCUAUAUCACUUCAGAGAAGAGGACAUGACGUCGUCAUGUUCACCAGUCGACAUGAUCCUUCGAGAUGUUUCGAGGAGACUAGGGAUGGUACACUCAAAGUCCACGUACUAGGUUCUUCCCUACCUCGUCUCUUACAUCCCCGUUUACCUCUAACUAUCGUCUUCUCAAUCCUACGUUCUCUCCUACUCACCAUCUUACUCAUCAUAUCACUCAUCUUACCCGGUCCAGCAUCGGCUUUCAACCCUUUAUCACCAUUGAAGAAAUUCGACGUUUUCAUAGUGGAUCAACAAAGUGUUUGCGUACCUUUAUUGAGGAUAGGAACAGGAACCAGGGUGGUUUUUUAUUGUCAUUUUCCUGAUAAGUUGUUAUCUGGAGGAUGGGAGAUAGAGUCUAUUUCCGACCAAAAGGAUCGUCUCACCGAUCUUAGCGGUGUCGGCGGUGUUAAUGGAAAGGAGACACGGGUAAAGAAUGAUAAGGAAGGGAUGAGAGGGAUGGUAGAUGGAGGAGGGGAGAGAACGAAAGGGGAGAAAGAGGUAACGAAGGGAGAAGAGGUGAGGCUGAAAAGAAAUACAAGUUGGAAAAAGAAGUUGUAUAGAUGGCCUAUUGAUAAAUUGGAAGAAUGGACCACUGUAAACUGGGAUUGGAAUAUUGAACAACUCCAUGUUGACAGAGGGGGAAGGGGGAAAGUGAUAGGGGAAGGGGAAGGGAGUUUUGAAUUGAGCAAGAGUACGAAUAUUAAUAAUCCAGGUCAAGCAGAUAUAAUACUUUCAAACUCUCAAUUCACUUCUAAAUCUAUUGUAAAGCUUUCCCAUCAUUAUCGAACCGACCUCCAAGAGUAA